CGUUGAAGAACAUUACAAAUUUUGACUCUGCGCAUUCUACUCUCCUUUGGGCUGUCAUUCAAAUUGACAGCCCGUCGUUAAAAUUUCUCCGAUCCCAUAACAAAACCCUCUAUCAAAUUCAGGUUGUUGUUCCCUGCUUAAUUGGAGGCGGGGUUGUUCAAUUUGAUCUAUUCUUUUCAAACACAUUUUGAUUUUGUUACCAUCAACUUGUAAUUUCUCUAGGGUUGUAAACGUAAAGAUUAAAUUUUUCCCCAUUCUUUUGUGAAAUUGGCAUGAUUAAUUUGUGAGAAGAUGAUGGGUUCGUUGUCCGGAAUCUUGCAAAGGCCGGUUCUUGCGGCGUCUGCCUUAGCUAUAGCCUCUGUCUCAGCCGAUUGCUAUGACAAAUUGUGGCCGUCUAAAUCAUCAGACGCUUGUUCUUCCUUAGAACAAUCGAGCCCUUCAUGUUCUUCUACUUCCCUUCCAUUAGAAGAACUAAAUUCAUUGUGGGUGUCGAAAAUUUCGGUUUCUAGGUUAUCCCAAUUGUCGUUUGUGGCUGGGAUUCGAGUCCCUGUGCCUAAUGUGCACAUACCUAUCCCCUCUAGCAAUGUUAAUUCUAAUUCUAAUGCUAAUUAUUCUUUUGUGGCAUCGUCGCCAACCUUAUUAAAUUCAUAUCGGUCAGCCGAUUUGGCAAAUUCCGCCAAGCCGGCUGCCUAUACGUAUAGUGCCCCAGCACUGCCAUCGGACGUUUUAUAUAGAUGGCAUUUGCCUGAUCCUAGGGCAAUUGAUGUAUCUGGAGAGUCGGAUUGUUCGUCUGCAAAGUCUAGGACUGUAGUGGUGUUGCUAGGAUGGUUAGGUGCAAAGCAGAAGCACCUUAAGAUAUAUGCGGAUUGGUAUACUAUGAGAGGGUUUCAUGCCAUUACGUUUACGUUCCCAAUGUCGGAGGUGCUUAGGUAUCAAGUAGGGGGGAAGGUUGAGCACGAUGUGGAGUUGCUGGUGGACCAUCUUGCUGAUUGGUUGGAAGAGGAGCAUGGCAAGAAUUUGGUCUUUCAUACGUUUAGUAACACAGGAUGGCUCACGUAUGGUGUUAUUUUGGAGAAGUUUCAGAAAAAGGAUGUAGAUCUAGCGGAUAAGAUUAGAGGUUGUGUUGUAGAUUCUGCUCCUGUUGCGGUCCCCGAUCCACAGGUUUUUGCCUCUGGCUUUUCUGCUGCUUUUCUGAAGAAGAAUAGUGUUGCAACCAAGGGUUCCGGUACUGAGCCGAAGACAGGGGUAACGAUUGGAAACAGAACCACCAUCGAGGUCAAACCAGGCAUGGCUGAGGCAGCUCUGCUUCUCCUUCUCGAGAAGGUCUUUGGAGUAGUUCUAAAUCAUCCUUCCAUAAACAGGAGGCUUUCCGAUGUGAUGAGGUUGCUAACAUCGGAGCAACCAAGGUGUCCGCAGCUAUACAUCUACAGUUCCGCUGACAAGGUGAUCCCAGCAGGGUCUGUGGAGUCCUUCAUCGAGAAGCAACGGAGAAAUGGGCGCGAGGUCAGAGCGUGUAACUUCAUCUCGACGCCCCAUGUGGAUCAUUUCCGGAAUCAACCAGAACUCUAUUCUUCUCAGCUCACUCAAUUUAUGGAGGAUUGUGUGCUGAGGAGCUGCAAACCUUCUUCUUCUUAAAUAGGCUUUUUGAUUAAUUUUUUACAUUCUUUUAAACGUUGAAAAUCAAUCCAUUCAUUAUACCAAUUGUAUGUAUACAUUUUAUUCUUGUACGAGACGGUAGUUAACAGAUGUUCAUUGAAAGCACGGAAAGUGUUUAUCAUAA